CAAAGGGGGUGGGGCAGCUCUCGGACGAGAAGCUGGGGGUUGGGUUAGGCCGAGGUUCCUGGACAGUCGCUCGCGGGGCACGAUGGGAAGAAGGACAAGCACCGUCCCAGAGGAAGAGAAACAAGGCAUUCUGGGAAGAGGGACGGGCCAGGCGCCUGGCCUCGCGGGGCAUUGUGGGAGGGUCCAAGCCGUCAGGAGCCGUUCGUUCUGGCUCUGAGCGGGCGGGAGGGCUUCCCCAGGAUGGAGGAGGAACUGGAAGCAGAGCCCGAGCCCGGGCGAGGACUGGAGCUGGAGCCGCAGUUGGAGCCAGAGGCGGAGCCAGAGGCGCAGCCGGAGCCAGAGCCGGUGCUUGAGCCAGGACGAGAGCUGGGGCUUGAACCCCAGCCGGAGCCCGAGCCCGAGCCCCAUCCGGAGCCAGUGUUGGAUCCAGAGCUAGAGUCCCAGCUGGAGCCAGAAUCAGAGCCAGAAUCAGAGCCCCAGCUGGAGCUGGAAGGGGAGCUCAGACAGGAGCCAGGGCUGGAGCCGGCGCAGGAGCCAGAGCCGAGGUCGGCCUGGGCCGAGGCCACCGCGGCCCAGGAGGAGCGGGAGCUGCAGGACCGGGAGUUCUUCUCGUGGGCCGAGUUCAGCCGCUUCUUCGACGCCUGGUGUCAGCAGCACCGGGCCCUCUUCUUCGUCAAGAGCUCCAUGCACCUGGCCAAAUGCCGCUGGGCCCUGGACACCCAGCUCCACGCGCUCAUCGACGUCCUCAAAUACAGCUACGUGCGGCUGGUCUGCAAGGACGUGCGGGCCCCGGCGGGGCGGCCGGGCCUGGCGGGGAGUCCCCAGACGGGCUGCCCAGCUUUCAUCAUCCUGAAGCUCAGCCCCCUCCGGGACCGCCUGGUGGUGACCGAGUGCCACCUGACCCAUUCACACCCCGCCUGCCCACUGGAGUUUGCCUACUAUUUCCGCCCGGGCCAUCUUCUCGCCAACGCCUGCCUCCCCGUCCGCACCACCAACAAGAUCUCCAAGCAGUUUGUGGCCCCCGCGGACAUCCACCGCCUCCUGUCCUACUGCAAGAGCCGGGACCACGGUGUCCUCGAUGCCCUGCAUGUCUUGGAGGGGCUCUUCCAGGCUGACCCGGAGGCCAAGGUGAAGCUGGUGUUCGUGGAGGACCAAGCCGUGGUGGAGACGGUCUUCUUCCUGACGUCCCCCAUGAUGGCCCUGCUCCGCCGCUUCCCCCUCAUGCUGUUCUUCGACAGGCUCCCCGGGCUGCAGGGCACCUUCGACCUGGCCACCGUGCUGUGCGUGGACGACCGCGGGCGCGGGCGCGAGGUGGCCUGCUGCCUCACGCGCCAGACCUCCCCGGGCCUCCUGCGCUUCACGCUGGCCUCGCUGGUGCAGAGCGUCCCCGAGAUCAAGGGCCGCGUGCGCUGCGUCACCGUGGGGCCCGAGGUGGGCACGCAGCUGGAGGCCGUGCGCGAGCUGCUGCCGGGCGCGCGCGUGCAGAUCUGCCGCGUGCAGGUGCUGGAGACGCUCUUCAGCAAGGCGCAGGAGCUGGGCGGCGCGGGGGAGGACCCGGGGCUCUGGCCGCUGCUCUGCCGCCUGGCCGGGGCCGCCUCGGCCGCCGCCUACAUGGAGGCGCUGGCCGAGCUGCGCGCCACCUGCCCGGCCGCCUUCGUGGACUACUUCGAGCGCAGCUGGGCGCCCCGCAGGGCCAUGUGGGUGCGCCUGUGGGCCUUCGAGACGGCCCGCAACGUGGACGCCUGCGCCCUGGUGCGCGGGCACCGGCAGCGCCUGCUGCGCGGCCUCAGCCCCUCGCCCACGGUGGCCCAGUGCAUCCGCGACCUGGUGGCCCUGCAGCGGGGCCACGGGGACGGGGAGGGGCCGGCGGGCGACGAGGGCCCGGCCAAGGCCCCUCCCAGCGGCCCCGGGGCGGGGCUGGAGAACGGCGGCAGGUGGGGGGCGCAGUGGGGGGAUCGAGGCGGGCGGGGGAUGCGGGCGGGGGAAGGAGCCGCGCAGUCGGGGGACAGGGGACCGAGACUGGGGGGCUUCCAGGGAGGAGAGCCCGGGGACAGGGCCGAGUGGGGGGCGCGUUUCGGGGAGAGAGACGUGCAGCUUGUGGACGGAGGGGAGAAGGAGACGCAGUUGGGAGACAGGGGGAUGUUCUUGUGGGAAAGAAGCGGCCACUUAGGAGACCGGGAGGAGAGGGCCCGGCAGCCUGGGGGAGGCGGCGUCCAGUUGGGGGAGCGAGGAGAGAGGGGGCUGCCUUUGUGGGAGAGAGGCGUGCCGCUGGGGAGCAGAGGGGAGCGGAGGCUGCCGCUGGGAGACAGAGGGGAGAGGGGCUUCCGUCUGUGGGAGCGAGGCGUUCAGUUAGGGAGCAGAGAGGCGAGCAGGACGCAGUUGGGAGACGGCGACGUACAGCUGGUGGUCGGAGGGGAACGGACAGAAUGGGCUGCGGGGGGCCUUCAGCUGGACGCCAGGGGGGACAGGGGGCCGCGUUUGUGGGAUGGAGGGCAGACGAUGCAGCUGGGGGACAGAGAGGAGCCCGGGGCCGCCUUCGGGGAGCUUCAGGGAAGAGGGAGGGCGGGCGGGGUUGCGGAGGAGAGGCUGGGAGCCCGGAAGCGGCCCCGAAGUUCCUCGGAGGAGGAAGAUUGGGAGCUGCUGUCCAGAUUCCGGGCCGUGUGCGGGCCAGAACUGGCCGGCCUGGUGGCUGAGGAGCUGACCUUUGCCCGGCAGCACGGGGUCAGGGGCUUCCGCUGGACUGGCUCGGGCUACACUCUGCAGGACGGGACCUCGGACUUCCUCCUGGACGCGGCGCUGACGCGCUGCAGCUGCUCCAUCCACGCCGCCCGCCACCUCCCCUGCCGACACCUCUUUGCUGCCCGCCUGGUGGUGGGGGCCGCCCUGUUCCACAUGGACCUGCUCAGGGACAGCUGGGGAGGGGCCCCCGAGCCUUGAGCCUCGCACUUCUGCCCCCUGCGCCUCCCGCCACCAGGAGUGAGGGUGCUCACGCGCCGAGGUCCCCAAAGCAGGGAGCUCCCUUUUAGCCUCCCUUGGGGAAGGACAAGUGCUUGGAGAUCCCCAGCCCAUCCCCUGCGUGGUGGACAGAACGAUUCCUCCGCGGCGGCCAUAGAAUUCUUCCCCCUUCCUAUCCCCCUAGAGGAAUGGAAAAGGUGAUGGCUGAGGGAUGGGGGCAGAAGAGGAUUAAGAUGAGGAAGGAAAGAGAGGCUGGGUUGGGGGAGGGAGCGAAAGGAGACGGGAGACGAGGAGAGCCGAAGGUGAGAGUACGGGAGGAGCCGGUUAGCUGGCUCCCUCACGGGGUCCCCCAUCCAGCCCAGGGCUGCUGGGCCGGGAGGGAGGAGAGAGCGGGAAAGAUUGUGGGCGCCGAGUUUGGCCAGGGGGAUCUCCGGGGCCGCCCCGCAGGAAGAGUGCGAGAGCGCAUCUCCGUUCGCCCAAGAAGGGCUCUUUCUGGUGAGCGAGGAUGCGGGGGAGGGGCUACAUGGGGGCGGGGCUUUGCAUCCCCUCCAAUCCCAAGCAUUUCCAGAGUUCCUCUCGGGUGGCAGGCAAGGGGAAAAAAAACAAGAAAAAAGAAAAAAAAAAAAAAAAGCUAGCUUUCCCUCGUAGAGCUUAAGUUCCCCUGGGGCCGCUAGCCCUCCCACCCACCGGUCUGAGUCCCGUGCGCUCCGUACCGAGCCCUAGGCCUGGUUGGGGGCGGGGCUUCUAUUGCUUCUGCCAUGAGUUAAAUCUGGGAAAUCUCAGAAUAUCUUGUGUCUCCUCGGGCUCCGCAAAUGUGGGUAGUUGGGUUCCCCGCACAGACACUCCAGGUAACAAAUGGAUUUUUUCAGGGACUUGUUAGUUUCCUCCAUUUGUAUCCUAGGAGUAAGCUGUGGGAUUGAAUUGAUUCUGAGCAAGUCCCUUUCAUUGGGCCUCAGUUUCCUCAUCGGUAAAAUGGGAGCGUUUAAUGGAUGGUCUAUAGGACGUUUGAAGCCCUCCAUCCUAUAAAAUUCUAUAGAAUGAUCGAUAAAUGGGAUUGAGCUGUGGGGGCUGGAGUGCUUGGAAAAAGCACAGAGAUUUGGGGUUUCCGGGGCUCUAGACCCUGUAGUUCCUUCUGUCUCCCUGGUUCCCGUGGGUGGUAAACAUCCAGAAAGCAGCAGGAUUCUAGCUGAUAAGACUAAACUGAGGGAGGGGCCCGUUAAUGGCCAGGGCUUCCUUGCUCCUACAUUCAGAGCUCCCAUCACCAGGGGAUUAGAGCAUUUAGUGCUAGGAGGGAGUGACAGACACCCUUUAAUUUCCUGAAUACUAGAGAGAAGUAGUAAGCAGAGCCCACAUUUGAAACCAGCAUAUCUAACUUCAAAUCCAGUGCCCUUUUCACCGUAUUCCUCUGAAAACUGGGCUGUAGGAUGGAAUGGAAGAGAUGAGACCCGGAUGGGGCAUCUUGGAACAUGGAAGGAGGUUUGGCUUGGUCCUCAGCCCGAUCCCACUGUCCUUGUGAUGCUCAUUGAUCUCUAGUAAACUUCUUUGGGCCUGGUA